AUGGAAGUGCAGAGCCAGAGGAGGAUUUCUUUUCCGCAGAGGAAUGCAACAGGACCAGCUGCUCAGUCAGCAAGGAGAGUGGUCAUCACUGGUGUUCCAGAUGGCCUUCUGCCUGAUGAUGUCAUGGCUGACAUACUGAUCAUUCAUUUCCAAAAGUCGAAGAAUAAUGGGGGAGAUGUGGAAGAAGUAACCUACCCAACAAAGAGGAAAGGAGUUGCAUACGUAACUUUUGAAGAUCAAGAAGUUGUAGAGCGUGUUCUCGGGAAGGAUGAACAUCGACUAGAAGACAGGAGGUUGUCCAGAUACUACCCACUGAAAGUGACCCGUUACUGUGAGAACGUCUUCGGCUCUGUCACAUCUGUCCUCAAUCUGUCUGUUUUCAAAGAUCAGUUUGUUUUGGAAGAGCUGCUACAAGAACUUCAGAAGAAGAGCACAGCGUUGAGCUUUGGCCCUCUGCAGCCCAAUGGGCAUAUUUCUGUUCAGGGGUCGUUUCCAGCCAUGAAAUUGCUAAGAGACUUUCUCUUGCUAAAAGCAAAAUCCCUUUCAGAGAAGGAGAAAGGAAAAGAAAGAAAGUCCCAGCAGAGUCCAAGGAGGAGGCUACAGCAACACAGACGUACCAGGGAGGCAAGUCAAUUUGUUCAGGGUGCAGAUGGGGAAAAACAAAUGGUGGUUCUUGACACGGAUACAUACUACUACAUGAAGCACUUCUUUCCCAAGACCUUCCCAGUGAAUGAUGAUGUUGCAAUUUCUGCCUCUGCUGAUGGUGAUAUAACUACAGUUUACAUCAAGAGUGCUGGGAGCAGGUCUGAUCCUAGACAGGUAUUAAGAGUCAAAGAGAAUAUUGAAAAUCAGUCUGUAAAACUCCAUAAUGAUUUACGUAAAGAAAGGAUCUGCUAUGAGAGGCACACCAGGGAGGAAAAGGAGAGAUACAAACGGGUGUGUACAAGUCUAAAAUCCCAUCACCCUUCUGUUCUGACCAUUCCCUAUGACACUCACAUUGAUGUUAUAGGAACUUCUUCGGAGGUUUUUAAAUUUACAAAGGAGGUGAGCAGUAAGAUCCACAACAUGUUUCAAACCAGGUAG